AUGGAGCCACCGACCUCCUCCAGGCUGAAUUCCCGAAAGAGAAGAAAAGAUGGAUCUGGCCCCAAUGGGGCAACAGAACCGGAUGGAAUCCCUCCAAAAAUGUCGCGGUGCUCAUUUGGACUGAGAGAACCAGCUCCGUUUUCAGAUGAAGUGGAAAUCGAUUACAGCAAGCCAUAUAUCAGAGUAACAUAUGAAGAAGCGAUGAGAGGGACCCCUUUGGAGCGCCCUGUCAGAGUUUACGCUGAUGGAAUAUUUGACUUGUUUCACUCUGGACAUGCACGGGCCUUGAUGCAAGCAAAGAACCUCUUCCCAAACACAUACCUCAUUGUGGGAGUCUGCAGUGACGAACUAACCCAUAACUUCAAGGGCUUCACAGUAAUGAAUGAAAAUGAGCGGUACGACGCUGUACAGCACUGUCGCUAUGUGGAUGAAGUGGUGAGAAAUGCACCGUGGACACUCACACCGGAGUUCCUGGCAGAGCAUAGGAUCGAUUUUGUUGCACAUGAUGACAUCCCCUAUUCUUCUGCUGGCAGCGAUGAUGUUUAUAAGCAUAUAAAAGAAGCAGGCAUGUUUGCACCAACUCAGAGGACCGAGGGGAUCUCAACAUCGGAUAUCAUCACCCGAAUUGUGCGGGACUAUGAUGUUUAUGCCAGAAGAAACCUGCAAAGGGGCUACACAGCUAAAGAGCUCAAUGUCAGCUUCAUAAAUGAGAAGAAAUAUCACCUCCAGGAGCGUGUGGAUAAGGUGAAAAAGAGGGUGAAGGAUGUAGAGGAGAAGUCAAAGGAGUUUGUCCAGAAAGUGGAGGAGAAGAGUAUUGAUCUCAUUCAGAAGUGGGAAGAGAAGUCCCGGGAGUUCAUUGGCAAUUUCCUGGAGAUGUUUGGCCCAGAAGGUGCAUUGAAACACAUGCUGAAAGAGGGCAAGGGCCGGAUGCUGCAGGCCAUCAGCCCAAAGCAGAGUCCCAGCAGUAGCCCCACGCAUGACCGAUCCCCAUCUCCCUCAUUCCGCUGGCCCUUUUCAACCAAGACUCCUCCUUCCUCACCGGCCAACCGUGCCAGGAACGAGUCCACAGUCACCUAUGACAUCAGUGAGGACGAAGAGGAUUAAGCUACCAGCUGGGGUUUGCUGCGAGUCGCUGAUCACCGAAUCCCAAGUCCAGACCCACUGGGGAACUCUGAAUGAGCAAGAGAGCCAUGGGAGCAGGGCUGACAGUGGGCACGGGGCCCUGGAGGCACCUGUCGCUCUUAGCAAGGGUUGCUGCCUGGAAGCACAUUCAAAUAUCUUCUCCUCCUCCCUUCUCCCUCAAAUUCCCUUUUUAUUGUUUACGUUCUAAUGGUUUCCAGGGGAAAGAUGGUUUUUAUGUUUUAAGGAAGUACUCUUUUUAAAAAACACAAAGAAUAGCACUCAAGCAUGGAUCUUGUUUUUUGUUUCUUUUCCCCUGUUAAACCUCCAGGUGAGAGGGAGAGUGGGAUGCUAUGCCCAGACCUUUCUGUCCCUCCUUUUCUUCUGCUCCUCUGUCUUAUUCCUCCCAUGCCCAGGCAGUAUCUGUGCCACUGCCAAAUGAAAGAUCUUGCAGUUCUUCAACCAGUGUGACCUCGAAAGCGUGCAGGAAGCAGUUGAAUACAAAGGCUACUAGGAAAUAGAGACAUCUCUGCUGCACUGGAGCCGACAGGGAUCUAUCUGAUGGACUGUGUAGUGCUCUAGUGUCUCUUAGCUGAGCUUACCAGCAUGUUGCAGUGAAAACGUGCUGGGGAGUGGGAUACCAACUUGGCAUGCAGAUGGUAGGCCCUGUAAGAAGUUGCAGCACCACAGAAUCCUUCACCCUAUAAGUGUGCAGCAUUUGCAACUCCAAAUCUUUGAGGGCUGCAGGAGAAGGGUCUUUCCAGCUUAGCUUGACAAGGCUGCUAAAACUAGAGCUAAAAUUCAGCCCACAGUUGCUGUUGGGGAGAAGAGACUAAAUCUUUUCUUCAGAGCACUUGCUGUCUGCGUGUUUCCUUGGGUGUGUGAAAGACCACGUAGGAAAUGAAUGUGUGUGCUCCUUUGAAAAGUUUCUUGUCGCAGUCUCUGGUGUGUAAUACUUUUUACUGUCUGUCCAGAUGGCCUCUCAACACUGUGCCCGGUGCGUGUUUGUCUGCGUUUCAGUUGCUGUGCUCUAAGGGCUGGAACAGUCCUUUAUACUACUGGUGCUGUGAAGUCGCUGCUGUAAGGACAAAACGUGAAUUCAUAGGCCAAUUUGCUGUCCAUGUUGAUGUGUGCAGUUGGACAGAUGAACGGCAUGUUUUACCCCAGUUAAGGGUGAUGGUCCCGUGUGACAGUUACCUGGGUUACACAUUAAAUGCAAAAAUCUGUGCUCAUUUACGCCAGUCCCUAAGGGAGGAGCUGAAAGAGCAUCAGAGAGCUGCAGCUUUUUAAGAUUUUAAACAUAUAACCUGCUUGUUUGAAACCGUGGUUCAAGUCCUGCCUGCUGUUGUAUGUGAUAAAUGUAGAGCUUUGUUUCCUGGCAGCGGCCUGCAACUUCGCAUUGGCAGUUUCCCUCCCUGCGCUGCAUGACCGCGUACUGAGCAGGUCUGCGUGCUCUGUCCUGGCAGCCAUCGCACGAGGAAAUGGACUUGCUGUGUCAUAGCUAUGAAGCUCCCAAUUGCUUUUCUGGUAGGGUUUGCCUAUGGUGUCUGUUGGCUCUGGCUGGAGCUCCUUGGGCAAGUUACCCGGAUCCUCCUGCGAUGCUGGGAGCAGACGAGGACGGGCUCGGAGCUUGGUCAGCAGUGCCGCAGGGGGAUUCAAAGCAGGGAUAGAGGGCCCAGGGAAGAGCAAUGCCCUGGAGGUGCCUCAUCGAUGCUGCCGCAUGCUCUGUGCCCUGAGAUGCUUCUAGGGAGCACAAGUGUCCUGCAGGAGGAGCAAGCUGCCGCUUCCUGGCUUUUGUCUUGCUGCUCCUUUUGUCAUGCAGCCAAAAGGGCUUGACAGAGACUAAUAAAAGAGGCCCCUCUUUACACCCUGCUCAUGUUGAGACCAGAAUUGGUAUGGGAAAUGGUAUUUUGGGGGUUCCUCAUUUGCCACUUUGGUCUGUCAGCCGAGACGCGUACGGCUCUGGGAGCGUGGCUGGCUGCUAUUGAUUUUUAAGCUAGAACGAGCAAAUACGGUCACUUCAUAUGAACCAGUUUUUAAUCCCCUGGUUUAUGAGUGGUAGAGCACUUAUUUUACAUUACCCACGUUUUCUCUUCCCUAAUCUAACCCACUUUUUUUCACCCUUCCUUCAAAAACAGUGUUAAGUUACUUUUCCCCAGCCAGAUCACAAAGGCCAGGCUGCUUUAGAGCCUCGCUACUGUUUUAAACACAAGAUACGUAACAGUGUUCUGCAAUGUUAGUGUUUUCAAUGGUGGUUUGUUCUAUGGAGACCUGACAAAUUUCUCUGCAAAACCUGGGGUGCUUGGUAAGAAGCCGGACAUGGUUUUACCUGUAGCUUGGCAUAGGUAUAGCUGUUUCUUGUAACCAACAAUUCCUGCUUCCUCCUCACACUUAAAUUAAAAUGGACACUCGACUCUCAGACUAUUCUGUUUUUUUUUUUCUUUUGAUUUAUUUUUUUUGUGGAGGUGGAAAGGGAUGUUAUUUUCUCCUGGGUUGCUGGACUGGCCACAUCUCUGGUGCUGCCCUAUCCUAUUAGGAAUAGGACAGAGCUUGAUCUUUGGGCAAGAUGUGUGAACUGGGUUCUCCAGGGACAUCUUGUCAAUCACAAAUAUCCUCCGUGCUGCUGCUUCAGGGCUGUCCCGCACACCCCUAACCUGUCCUGCUCCCUUUAAAAGAAUCAUCCAGAAGGUGUGUGUUAGAAUUAGGCGUGAAGUAAGAGGCAGAGUGGAAAAACAAAACUUCACUAGGAUGCCUUGAAGAAUGUGCAGUCCUCAUGUGGAGCUUUAAUGUUGCUAAAUCCAGAGGCAUCAACUUCUGUGAGACAGCCCUGCUGCCAUUCCCCCUCUAAAUCUUGGGCAUGAGAUCGCUGGCCUUAGGACCCUGCUGCUGCAAGUGCAUUUUCUCAUGGCGGAGAACAGCAGCAGGGAAAAACUGAAAGGUGCCAAGGAUGCUAGUAUAAGCAGGAGUUGAAGAACAUGGCAUUUGAAUAGCGUGGUGGUAGGGUUACAGGAGAAAGUUCUUAAUAUCUUGGAAAGUAUAACACACACCUGCACUCAAAUAUUUUUUUAGAGAGUUGGGACUUCAGUGGGAUCUAGUUCUUGUAACCUGAAGCAGAUGCUGGGGUAGUGAAUACACUUGGCUGUAGCAGUGACUUUGGGGCAGACCAGCACUCUCUGCAUCUUCCCCCCCUGCCCUUAGGGAGGAUGUCGUGCUGUGAAAGGCUCCCUUUUAUAAAGCCUGCAGAUUUUCUGCCUGCUGUAGAUGUGAGGCUGGGUCUGGUUGUCUGGCAAGGGGGCCAAGUCUCUUAUUUUGCUGCUUGUCUGUAUGUUGUGUCUUGUCAAAGCCAUGAGAUUUCUGGCCCCCAGCACUCCUGCUGGUGCCUCGAAAGCUGUGUCAGUAAGGAUUGUCUUCUGUUACCGCUAAUCUGUCAAACCAUGUCAAAUUUGACAAUCUUGUAACUAAUUGCCAUUGUAUUUUCCAGUUGAGCAGUUUGACUGAACACAGCCACUCGCAAAAAGUUGAAUAGCUGUUUUUCCACCUCCUGGGACAGAGAACUUGCUUUUUCCCCAGAAUGAGUAAAUGAAAUAGAUAAUAUUUGGGAACUUUGGAUUUCUGACUCUUCCCUUCCUCAAAACGUCACCCUGGCCAAAGGUAACGUGGCAGGAGGGGAUCGAGAGGGCACCAGGGUCCAGGUCACGUGAAGCGGACCAGCACUUGGGUGGUGCCCAGCAGCGGGCUCUGGUCUUGGUGUUUGGGUGUCUGCUGUACAUCUCCCACCGGGCUGUCUCAGCUAGCCCUUCUCCGGCCCCAGAGCCAUGGCUGCCUUGGGAUGUCUCUUCUCAAUCAGUGUUCACCAUGCUGGUUUCUCUCUGUGGGCCUAUGUGCACAAGUGUGUCUCUUACUGGCUUUUUUUUUUUUUUUGCUUUAUGUUUAGCCAAAUAAAUGCAAAAGUAAUUUUA